GUCCCGCCCCUGAGCUCUGUCAUGGCGACGUCCAGUGCUCCAGCCUAUGUGAGGACACGAUAUGCUGGGAUUUUUGUCCGCACGACAAACGGGUUUGGAGGACCCUCUUCGCCUUCGGAGAGCAGAGUCAACACGGAGAGUUUUGGGACUGGAAUUAAAUAAAGACAGAGAUGUUGAAAGAAUCCACAGCGGUGGAAUUAACACCCUUGACAUCGAACCUGUUGAAGGGAGAUACAUGUUAUCAGGUGGUUCAGAUGGUGUGAUUGUACUUUAUGACCUUGAGAACUCCAGCAGACAGUCUUAUUACACAUGUAAAGCAGUGUGUUCCAUUGGCAGAGAUCAUCCUGAUGUUCACAGAUACAGUGUGGAGACUGUACAGUGGUAUCCUCAUGACACUGGCAUGUUCACAUCAAGCUCAUUUGAUAAAACUCUGAAAGUAUGGGAUACAAAUACAUUACAAACUGCAGAUGUAUUUAAUUUUGAGGAAACAGUUUAUAGUCAUCAUAUGUCUCCAGUCUCCACCAAGCACUGUUUGGUAGCAGUUGGUACUAGAGGACCCAAAGUACAACUUUGUGACUUGAAGUCUGGAUCCUGUUCUCACAUUCUACAGGGUCACAGACAAGAAAUAUUAGCAGUUUCCUGGUCGCCACGUUAUGACUAUAUCUUGGCAACAGCAAGUGCUGACAGUAGAGUAAAAUUAUGGGAUGUGAGAAGAGCAUCAGGAUGUUUGAUUACUCUUGAUCAACAUAAUGGGAAAAAGUCACAAGCUGUUGAAUCAGCAAACACUGCUCAUAAUGGGAAAGUUAAUGGCUUAUGUUUUACAAGUGAUGGGCUUCACCUCCUCACUGUUGGUACAGAUAAUCGAAUGAGGCUCUGGAAUAGUUCCAAUGGAGAAAACACACUUAUCCCCGCCGGAAGUGUAGGAAGAGAGCAAGUGGAUUUGAACCUAUCUGCUUUCAAGCUGGUCAUCAUGAUGAAACUUAGAAACAAAAAUGAAAAGCCAGGUAAAGGUUCCAAGGGCUGUAAGAAGCCUGCAAAACAAAAUGGGAAGAAAGCAACCUCCAAAGUGCCCUCUGCUUCUCAGUUUGUUCACUCCAAUGAUCAUGCCAAUCGAGAGGCUGAAAUAAAGAGGAGGGUUGAGGAAAUGAGGGAGAAGCAGCAAGCUGCCCAGGAGCAAGAAAGACAAAAACGCAGGUCUAUCAAGAGCUAUUGUGAGGAUAUCCUAAGACGCCAGGAGGAGUUUGAGUGUAAGGAGGAAGUUUUGCAGGAAUUAAAUAUGUUUCCUCAGCUGGAUGACAAGGCCACGACGAAGGCUUAUUACAAGGAGUUCCAUAAGGUGGUAGAAUACUCUGAUGUGAUUCUGGAAAUCCUGUAUGCCAGAGACCCAUUAGGCUGCUGCUGCUACUUCCAGAUGGAGGAGGCUGUCCUACGGGCAGAAGGCAACAAGAAGCUGGUCCUGGUCUUGAAAAAGAUUGACCUGGUCUCCAAGGAGGUUGUGAAGUGGCUGAAUUACCUUCGGAAUGAGUUGCCAACUGUGGCUUUCAAGGCCAGGACCCAGCAUCGGGUCAGCUCUGGAGCUGAAAACCUCAUGAGGGUUCUGGGGAACUAUUGCUGCCUUGGUGAAGUGUGCACCCACAUCCAUAUGGGCAUUGGCCUUCCCAAUAAUGAGAAGAGCAGCCUGAUUAAAAGCCUGAAGCGCAGCCAUGCAUGCAGUGUGGGAGCCAUUCCUGGGGUCACGAAAUUCAUGCAGGAGAUCUACCUGGACAAGUUCAUCUGGCUGCCAGAUGCUCCAGCCAUUGUUCCGGGGCCCAGCUCAGAGGUGGGCACCAUCCUGCAUAACUGCAUCCACAUAGGGCUGGCAGACCCCAUGACCCCGGUGGAGACCAUCUUGCAGUGCUGCAACCUGGAGGAGAUUUCCAACUAUUACCUUCUUUCUGGGUACCGGACUACUGAGCACUUUCUGACGGCAGUGGCCCACCAUUUGGGGAAGAAGAGAGACUUACACAGUCAGGAGCAGGCAGCCAAAGCUGUCCUAGCUGACUGGGUGAGCAGGAAGAUCAGCUUCUAUAGACCACCACCACCCACUCACACUCUGCCCGCCCAUCUCAGCGCUGAGAUCAUUAAGGAAAUGACCAAGGUCUUCGACAUCGAGGAUACCGAGCAGGUCAAUGAAGACACCAUGGAAUGCUUGGCCACUGGAGAAUCUGAUGAGCUGUUGGGUGACACAGACCCACUCAAAAUGGAGAUCAAGUUGCUCCAUUCUCCGAUGAUGAAAAUAGCAGAUGCCAUUGAAAAUAAAGCUACCAUGUAUAAGAUUGGAGAUCUCACUGGUUAUUGUACCAAUCCGAAUCGUCAUCAGAUGGGGUGGGCUAAACUCAAUGUAGACCACCACCCUAAAAAAAACAGUAAGGUGGAUGUGUUUCCAGUGGACUGCUGCCCAGUACUGCAGAGGAUCAUGGAGAUGGACCCCCUACAACAGGGCCAGGCUCUGGCAUCCUCCCUGAAGAAUAAGAAUUUGCAGAAAUGUGCAGACAAAAUCCCCAGGGAGCUGUCUGAUUCCAUGAUGUCUGCCCUCCACCUCUCUGGCAAUGCUGAUGGCAGUGUUGGUGACUAAUUGACUGAUCUCACUUCCCUUCCGAUCCAAGCACCAGUUCCAGUGGGACGGGAGAUUACCAGUGAAAUAGUUUGGUUCUCCCUGACGCAUCUGCUUAUUAAAAGAACCCUUCCCCAACUAUGUGUCUUUUCCUUCCACUGUUCUCUCCACUCUCUCCAGGAAAAAGAGCCCCAAGAGGCUGGAGCUGACAAACUCAAUACCCUUUAUUUAACCCCUACUCUGUUUUACAACAGAAAUAAAAAAGUAUCAGCAGGAAAAAUAAAAAAAGAAUAUGCCCCCCCAAAAAAUAUCAUUACCCCCCCUCCCAAAAAUACCAUUCUUUCGAAAAGAAUGGUUUUUGGGGGGUAUUACCCCCAAAAAAAAUCCUUGAGGGGGUAUUCUUUUGAAAAGAAUGUUUUUUGGGGUAUAUAAUAUACACCCCAAAAAACAAUAUUAUUCUUUUGAAAAGAAUGGUUGCAUUAAUAAACCAUUUGCCCUUUUAGAAAGAAUAGCCAAAUUACACAGCCACCAACAUGUUUACCUCACUUGUAUCACUAUUUAAUGUCUUAUGUUUUUUAAACUUUUUGUUAAAUGGUCUAAAAUGAUUCUUCAAGGUUGAAGUCUGUAUUUUACUUCUAUUAAGAUUGAAAAGUAAACAUUUACCCCUGUGAUUUUUUACUAUUUGUAUUUCCUCUUUUGUUAAAUGUACAUUCAUGUCAUUGGCCCUUGGUCUGUCAACGUUGAACAUUUUCCUUAAAUUUAAAAGAGCCCUUUUUAUAGCAUAAUAUUUUAAAUAAUUCUCCUAGUCUUUGUUCUUUUAAAUUCAGAUUUAAGAGAUUAGUAACCUUAUGAUUUUAA